UGAAAUUUCAUUGAAAUCGAUUUGCACUCAACUAGUUUCACAACAGUUAACAGAAAAUUAACUGGAGAAACUAGCUAAUUAGAUGUCGUCGUUUCUUUAACUUUGUUAAGACCUGGAUCUUAUUGUUAGUGAACAGUUGACAUCCUUGUCUGUCCUGACUUUAGGACUAGUUACUGGCACAUCUCCUCAUUGGAGGAGUCAGCCAUAAGGAAAGGAAGGAAGGGACAUCCUUGUCUGCUAUCAAACAUGUGACCCUGAGACCCGCUCUGUACGAGACAUGUGAAUAUGGUCGAUAUGGCAGUUGAUCGUAGUUAACUCAUAUAGCGACAUUGGUGAGACCGGGUCUAAAUAUCACGUGGCUUCCGCCGGCUAUAUUUCUUCAUACAAUUGAAUAUUUCUAUAAUAUCAGAUCGAGCCUGUUAAUCGAAUGGUUCGAUAACCGAGAUGGUUUAAUCCGUAUUGUAUAUAUCAAAUUCACAAUUGGCUGUAAGAGUAUUAAUUGAAAAUGUCACUUUGGAUAUCUGCUGUGUUGAUGUUAAACUUCAUCGUUUGGAAUGUUAUGGGACUUGAGAAACAAUCUUACUGUGUGAUUCGUGACCAUGAUCAUGAUGUCAAAAUGAAUUUUUCUAUCAUAUCGAACAUGACUGAAGAUCAUGUUAUUCUAGAUGAACAUUCUGGAGAAAAGGUGAGAAUGCAUUUGUGUUCUCCGUUAAAAAAUAAAUGUAAUGGGGCUGAUGGUUACAAUAUUUGCCUCAUAAAGAAUAAUGAAGAGAAAGGAAUAGGCAAAGGACCACCAACAGUAUACAAUGAUAAUGGUAAAAUACAGUUCAAAUUUACUGGUGAUACUUGUAAAGACAAUAUUAGUUAUACCGUUAACAUAUUUAUGAAAUGUGACUAUUCUGCUACGCAUAAUUCAGUCCCAGAGAUGUUUCCACAUCUUAAAGAUGAUUGUGAAUUCUAUAUAAUAUGGAAUACCAAUGAGGCAUGUCAUAAACCUGAAAUAAAACAAAAUUGCAUAGUAAUUGAUCAGUAUAAACGUCAAUAUGACUUAAGUCCUUUGAUGCGUUUGUCAGAUAAUUAUGUAUUUCCCAUAGGAAAUAAUAUGUCUGAAAAAGUUAUAAUGAAUGUCUGUCAUGCAGUCAUUUAUGGAUAUCAAUCAGUUUGUUAUCACGAAUCUGGUGCAUGUUUAGUAACAAUAGAUGAGAACAAAAAAUAUAAAUACAUAAAUUUGGGAAAUGUGAAAAAGGCACCAUUCUUUGAAAAUGGAACGUUAAAAAUUAACUACAAUUCAGGUGACGUAUGUGAAGAGCGAGUUCAGUCUCCUGAAAAGUCAGCAACAUUUACAUUUGUCUGUGAUCCAGAAGCAAUUAAUACAUUACCAAACUACCUAGGUGGUAAAGAAGAAUGUAAUUACAACUUCAUAUGGAAAACUAAAGCUGCGUGCGAUAAUGAAACACUUUUGAACCAUAGCAUUGCUAAAGCUGAACGUUGUACAGCAGUGAAUCCAGUUACAAAUUUUAAAUACAAUUUGACGUCUCUAAUGAAUAAGGAUUUUCGUGUCAAUUCAUCUAACAGUGAGGAAUAUAUAUUCAGGAUAUGUGGAUCACCAUCCUUAUCAGGCAAAAUAUGUCCAGCCGAAAGUGGCAUUUGUCUAACAAAGAAUGGUACAUCUGCGGGUACUGCUAACACUAAUCUACAGUGGCGUAGGGAAGGUCCAUACCUAAACUAUACAGAUGGUGCUCUCUGUGGGAAUGGCCAACGUCGAUAUACGUUAAUUAUAUUCUUAUGUGGUGUUGAGGGAUCAUCUAAUGCAUCUCUGAUCACGGAAGAUGAACCAUGUUCUUUAGUCAUAUACUGGAAGACGGAUUUAGUUUGUAUCAAAUGUGCUACAAGUAACGGUGAAAUUGACUUGACACCUUUGAUACGACCAUUGGAUAAUUACAUUGUAAAAGCACAGGAUACGGAGUUUUAUAUAAACAUUUGUCGUCCUUUGGUAUCUACUCAAGGUUUGAAUUGUCCACAUGGUAGUGCAAUAUGUCAAGCCCUUCGUAAUGCACAGGGUCAGCUAACGAAUGAGACAAACUUAGGUUUUCCGGAAGAGAGUCCUCAAUUGAACGGAAAUGCGACGCAGCAUUAUCCAGGUGGUUCUGAAUGUCCGGAAAAUCAUGCUAAACAGAUUUCUUCGAACUUUACAUUCCUUUGUGACAUUAACAUUGUAAUUGGAUCCCCAAAAUACAAGGGUUAUACCGAUUGUGUUCAUAUGUUUGAAUGGAAAACAAGCAUUGUUUGUGGUUCAGUAGUGGGCGAGGUGAUUCCACCUUGUACUAUAAAAAGUCCGCUGCUUUCUCAUGAAUUCAAUCUUACUAAAUUAUACGAGAAUCGCGUCUACUACGUUAAAAGCAAACAGGAGAAACAAAAAGAUUAUAGUAUAAGCAUUUGUGGAGGAAAUAAGUCCUGCAAUGGUUCAGCAGUGUGUCAAGGACCAAAUCGUUAUGGAUCAUUGGAACAUGUUAUGUUUGACUAUAGGAAAGAUGUCAUUCAAUUAUAUUAUUCUAAUGGUACCAAGUGUAAUAAUAGUUCCUAUACAUCCGUGUUAUUGCUGAAGUGUAACACAACUGCAGGGAUCGGUGAGCCAACGUUGCAUUUGGAUACCGAAUGCAGCGCGCAAUUCGAAAUGCAAACCAAUGUUACCUGCAUGCGGCAAAAUAAUCACGAAACUCCUGUAAAAGAGACAACGAAUAUCAAGGACUCUGAAGAUUCCAAGGAACAUACCAGCACAUACGCUAGCAUCACGGUAUCUGUUGUCUCAGUUGUUCUAGUCGUGGGGGCAGUUUUAAUGUACGUAAGAAGUCGAAUAAAAAAGAGGAGUUUACAUGGCUGCCUACAUUAUUGUUCUUCGGGAAAAGGCAAUGGCCGAGUUCAGUAUUAUAGGGUACGUGCUGAAUCUUCAGAAACCAAGAUUUGGAAGCCUGAUUGGUAUUAUAUCGUGUAGUAUUGUUAUGGGUUCGGAUGAUCAACUAGAAAUGACUUUUACUCGUGCUUCUUCAAUCAGUACAACUAAUAUGCCACUGAGAUUUAAUUUUCUUAGAAUAGGAUUUCUACUUAUAGAUAUUUUUAAGUUUUUUUUUUUUUCUUUUUUCUCAAACUCAUCCAAGGGUUAUGCAUUCGGUGUUCCUAUGUCAGAGUUAUAAUGAUGAAUAUAUGAAAGUUACUGUUAUCAAAGCAGAAUUUAAUAUUAAGGAUUGCAGUUAGUUACUUAGAAGAUACAAAAUACAAUGUUGGUAAUGGUCAACAAAUUUAGUUUAAUUUUGUAUGCUACUAGCUUAAACUACCCUGAGCAAUAGGUGGGAGUUAACCGUUUGAAGCAUGGGUGGUACUCAGAAGUACCACCUGGCAGUCUUAUAAAGAAACAUAAUAAUUUAUUUCCGAUUCAAGUGAAAGUUGGUACCUGGUCGUCCCGCGAGCGCCACGUUACAAAAUUUUUAAAUCCAAAUUGGCGAAUCCAAAAUGACUACGUGAAUUGAGUUCAGAUUCGUAAUCAGCAACCUCAAAAACUCCUGAACACGAAUUUUCAUUAGCCUACUCUUUAUCAGUCCGUCAUUUUGAACCUUUGAAUAUUAAAUUCAAAUUCCUAAUCAGCGACUCCAGAAAUUUCGGAAUAUCAAAUUUCAAGUAAAUCUUAUGCAAAAAAAUGUAUGCGUCAAAAGCUCAAGAGAUAACAUAUACUCCAUCUUCUGGUCAGGCAGCUUAGCUAUUGCUAUAUCAAUUCUCAAGUCGAUCGGUCGAAUCGUCUUAGGGUAAUUGAGCAACGAACAAAGGCCCUUUUCCAAAUAUUACUAAUGAUAGCGAUGAAGUAAGGAUAGGGAUAGAUAUUUCUAACUCCUAGGUAUCGGUAUCAGAAGAAAUCAAUUCGAAUAGUUGUAUGAUAUUAAGACCCAGUGAACCAAUUUUGACUUAAUAAACCCUAAUCACAAAUAACGUGUGUUCAUUAAAACCUUGUCUGCAAGCGAAUACGUAUCUCGUUACCACGUUUAUAUGUUUUUAUCACAGUUUUGCUUGUUGCUUGAAUCACUUAUCAAUACUAUUCUACAAUUGCAAUU